AUGUCGUUCGCUAGACUCUCGCUCGCAGCCUUGCUGGCUGUGGGCGCUUCCGCCGCACCCUGCCCCGAGAGCGGCGUCGUGGCCUCGACCUACUUCGCCGGCUACCACGCGAACCGCGGUUUUCCCGUCUCCAGCAUGCCGUGGGAGAAGUACACGGAUGCCAAGUACGCCUUCGCGGAGACGAACGCGGACGGCAGCCUCAACCUGACCAAGUCCGCCCCCGACCAGCUCCCCGUCUUCGUCUCGGCCGCUCACGAGAAGAACGUCAAGGCGCUCGUCUCUAUCGGUGGCUGGACCGGAAGCCGCUACAUGAGCACCAACAUCGGAAGCGCCGAGAACCGUACUGCCUUUGUCAAGACCUGCUUGGAUUUUGUCGAGAAGUACAACCUGGAUGGCCUGGACUUCGACUGGGAGUACCCCAACCGCCAGGGCCUGGGCUGCAACGCCAUCAACGUCAAUGACACGGCCAACUUCGCAGCCUUCCUCACGGAGCUGAGACAGAAGCAGACCAAGCAGCUAUACCUGACCGCGGCUACCAGCCUGUUCCCGUGGUACGACGCGGCCGGCGUCUCUAGCGCCAACGGCACCCUUGCCUCCUUCGCCGAGACCCUCGAUUAUCUCAUGAUCAUGGGCUACGACAUCUUCGGCGCCUGGGCUGCGACCGGCGGCCCCAACGCGCCCCUGGCCUCGUCCUGCGACCCCCGCAACAACCAGGGCGGCAUCAAGGAGGGCGUCGACAAGUGGAUCAACGCCGGCAUCCCCGCUCACAAGCUCGUCCUCGCCGUCGGCGCCUACGGCCACGGCUUCUCCGUUAACUCUACCAGCGCCUUCACCUCCCCCGGCGUCCUGAACGCGUACCCGCCCCAGAACAGCAGCCACCGCUUCCAGGGCAGCAGCUGGGACGACGACCCAUCGAUCGACGAGUGCGGCAACGCAAACCCUCCCAGUGGCACCUACACCUUCUGGAGCAUGAUCACCGAGGGCAACUUCCUCGACGAGACUGGCAAGCCCCGCCAGAACAUCGCCACCGGAUACGACAACUGCAGCCAGACGCCUUACCUUUACAACGAGACCGCUCAGGUCUGGGUUUCCUACGACAACCCCGAGUCUCUGACAGCCAAGGGCCGGUACAUCACUUCGUCAAAGCUGGCCGGUUUCGCCUUGUGGGAGGCCGGUGGUGAUUACCACAACAUCCUCAUCGAUGCCAUCCGCUCUGCUGUUGGCUUGUAA